GCGCGGUGGUUCCAUUUCCUCUGUGCGCCAUCUUUCCUCAUUGUUUUUUCGUGUGUCGAAGAACGCACAUGUUUCAUUGAGUGUAACGGUUCCUUUAAUAAAGAAAAUGGGAAAAUUGAAGAAAAGAAGCAGGUCGAGAGAACAUGAGAGGUAUCUUCGAAAGAAAUUAGCAAAAAUACAGUCUAAAUUAGCAAAAACUACUUCGAAUGAGAGUUAUAUAUUAUCGAGUAAUGGAGAGGUUAUGGGCACAGCCCAAACUGUCUCAAAUGUGAUAAGUCCACAGGACUCUCUAUUGGCAUUAUCAGGUGAUCUGACAGAGGCUGAUAAGGAAAAUUCAGAUCCCUCUCUUAAUACGGGAUCACAGGUCCAAGUUCCUAUACCAGCUGUGUCACAUACACAGACUGAGGAUAAUCUUACAUUAAACCAACCACCCAAGUUAGACGAAGAAGUUCUUCGCGUACUUGGUACUUCUGUCAAGACUCAAGAAGAAAAAAUGAAACUGCACCCAGAUUUGACCGCUUUGUUAGUCGAUUGGACAACAACUGAUCGUUCAAAAGAGUUAAAAGAAACAUUACUGCCGAAAUACCCCCAGUCGUAUUGAAGAUUGUUUGGUUGAGGCCCCUAAACUCAAUCCUGAAAUAGGGGCAACGUCUUCCGAACAAAUAAUUAAACGGGAUACUCAUUUCCUUGAUAAUCAAAAUAUAGCAGGCUCUGCGAUAGUGGCUUUAGCUACAAUAUUAGAUGUUGUAUUAACAGAAGAGGAAGACGUAGACAGAUUGAAUCUCAUUGAAAAAUUAGGGGAUGCCUCAAAACUAUUGUCACAACUCUAUCGCAAUUUUUCGGUCGCCACAAGAGCAUUUAUUUCUCCAACAGUAAACAAGGAAUGUCGAACAACUCUUGAUGAGUCAAAACCUGAUACUUUCCUGUACGGAGAGGGACUGUCGGAAAAAAUCAAAACAGCAAAGUCCAUUGCUAAGGUGGGUCAGGACUUGAAGGUUAAGAUGGCGACAGCUAAACCUAAUAACAGGUCGGUAAACUGGAGGGGCUCAUUUGCACGCCAGUCGAGGGCAAUGCAAGUGAGCGACAGGGCAACGACCUCGACAAGAAUACCUUUCCGGAAACCCAACAGAGGGACCGGAUAUCAGUCUACACAAAAUCAGGGCAGUUACAGACGGGGCCUGGGACGUCAGCACUCUCAGGGAUACCCAGCUCAGCGACAGAAAACUCAUACGAGGCGUUAGAGAUAAAAACAGGCAGAUUAAGAUAUUUUUUACCUGCCUGGAAAGAAAUUACAUCAGAUCCCUUCAUUUUACAAUGUGUUGAGGGUUAUAAGAUUCCUUUUAAGAAAAAGGUAGUUCAGACUAUGGUACCAUAGGAACCUAAUCGUUCUUUGUUUGAGAUUACUAACAUACAGCAGGCGAUAGACGAGUUGAUGAAGACAGGAGUAAUUCUUCCUUGUCAAUCGUCUGCUAGUCAAUUUUUGUCCAGUUACUUCUUAGUACCCAAGCCGGAUGGCACAAAGAGAUUUAUUUUGAAUUUAAAACAACUUAAUAAGUAUAUUGAUCAGGAGCAUUUCAAAAUGGAAGACAUUCGUACAGUACUUAAACUUGUAUCUCAUAAUAGUUAUAUGUGCUCCAUAGAUUUAAAGGAUGCAUAUUUCCUUAUUUCAAUAUAUAAUCCACACAGAAAGUACUUGAGAUUCAGAUUUUUAACGCAAAUAUACGAAUUUGUUUAUUUACCAUUCGGCUUAUCGCCUGCUCCGUACGUUUUCACAAAGUUAAUGAAGCCUCUGUUGCACUGGCUUCGGUCUAGGGGUUUAACUUCAUCCGUAUACAUAGAUGAUUUUCUGGUAAUAGGUCAAACUUUUAAGGAAUGUUUAAACAACGUCAAUCAAACUAGGAGUAUGCUUAUAAAUUUAGGGUUUGUGAUUAAUGAAA